AUGACGGUGUCAGCUGACGGAUCCCAAGUAUCAUACACCUGCGAUGUCGGUUUUUCCCUCCAGGGUGUUCCUUCUCAAGAAUGUAUUCUUGCAACAUCUGGCUCCUCCGUCCAGCAGCAGCCUUCUUGUGUAAUAUGUGGAACAUUGUUUUCAACGGCUGGUCUUGAGGUUAUACAGUUUACGGACGGUGAACGAACGUACGCCGAGUUUAAAUGCGAUCCUGGUUACACAAUGAGCGGGAAGACAAUCAUUAGCUGUCGCUCCGACGGCACAUGGAAUGCCAGUCAGCCUACAUGUGAGGUUUGUGAAACAUUGACGCCCCCGUCUGUCGGUGAUGUAUCGAUAAUGACAGACGGUGAGAUGACCUCUGCCAAUGUGACCUGUCCGGCAGGGUUUGUGUUGGACAGCAGUGGAACCCUUAACUGCAGAGCUGACGGAACCUGGAACUUCGACGUACCUGAUUGUGUUUGUGAACCUCCGCCGUCUCUGCAAAAUGGGGAAACAAUCAUCUCUGCAGAUGGGCUUACGGCUAGGUAUUCCUGUCAGUCAGGCUACAGUCUCUCAGGUCCAACCACGAGAGUCUGCCAAAGUGACGGUACUGCUUGGACUGACGAGGAUCCCUUUUGUGUUCAAUGUGAGGAACUGCACCUUGGAGUAACAUGA